CGGAAACGACGGUUUCCGUAGAAACCAAAAAAGCUUAGAUUUUUUUCAGAAACAUGGCUAAAGCUAGGGACGACUUUAAAUACGGUUUGGAACGGCUGCAGGCGGAACUGGAAAAGGAGAGGGAGAUGAAAGAAAUGCUUGAAGGGUCAGUGUCUGAUCUGCGGAGUACGAUGAGUGAACUGCAAGAAAGACUGCACAGUGUUGAUGGGGAAGGAAAUGAGUGGAGGACAAGGUAUGAGACACAGGUAGAGCUAAAUGGGCAGUUGGAAAGGCAGAUCUCACUCAUCCGUGAGAGACUGGAAGACAUAAGAGGAAACCCUGUCGACCGACUGGCUUCUAUUCGGUCGUAUGAGGACAUGCCAGUGGAAACACUGAGACAACGUCUGAAGCUCCUGACCGAGGAGAAAUCUGACCUCCAGAGUCAGCUAAUGGAUUGUCAUCUUCAAAUUGAACAAGAAGGAAAGGCCUUUCAUAAAACCAAUGAUGAAAGGCGGGCAUACUUGUCAGAAAUUGCUAAGCUGUCAUCUACCCAUGAAGCUCAAAGAAGACAGUACUUUGCACAGCCACAGAGGGCACCAGAGAGCAAACAAAUGAGAGGGAAGCAGACUGGCAGGAAGGCAGAGGCUGAUUCUAAGAAAGGAAAAGAGGGAGGAGAAGAAGAUGGUGGCGAGGCCUUUGUGAAAGAAAGAGGAGGAGGUGAUGGUGGAAGAAUAGCAGAGAGAAAAGAAGAGAAGAAAUUACAAAGGAAAAGCAGGUUACCCACGCUUAAGCACAACCUGAAGCACGAUCCAUAAAACUUAGUAAUGUUGCUUUUUUUAUGGUUAUGCUUUAGUUCACAAUGCGAGUGAUUAUGUUGAAAUACUGCAGUUUCUACACUAACCAGCCACUUAAUUAGGCACACUUUGUACUGUCCAGUACUCAGCUGGACCUCCUUUUUCUUUCAGAGCUGCCUUAAUUCUUCAUGGUAUUGAUUCAACAACAUGCUAGAAUAAUUCCUCACAGAUUUUGGUCCUUGUUGCACCGUGCAGUGGCUGUACAUUCGUUGGCUGCACAUCCAUGAUGUAAAUCUGUCAUUUCACCACAACACAAAGGUGCUGUACUGGAUUGAGAUCUGGUGAUUGUUGAAAACACUUGAGUACAAUUUGAGGUGAUUUGAGCUUUGUGACAUGAUGCAAUGGUCUGCUGCAAGCAGCCAUCAGAAGAUGGGUACACAGUGGUCAUAAACAGAUGGUUAGCAACAACACUCAGGCAGGCUGUGGUGUUUAAACAAUACAGCACUGAUACUUAGUGACCUAACGUGUGCCAAGAAAAUAUCUCCCACACCAUUACACCACCUCCGGCAGCCUGAACUGUAUGAUGGAUCCAUGCUUUCAAAUUGUUUAUACCAAAUUCUGAUGCUGCCAGCUGAAUGUUUCAGUGGAAAUGAAGACUAAUUUUUCCAAUCUUCUGUUGUCCAAUUUUUGUGAGCCCUUAUGAAUUGUAGCCUCUGUUUCAGUUCAGUUAAACUUUAUUUAUAUAGUGCUUCGUCAUCACAAGGCACUUUAUAUUGUAAGAUAAAGACCCCACAAUAAUACAGAGAAAACCCCAACAAUCAGAAGAGACUUCCAUCAGAACAAAGUUCAGGGAGAGGCAACCACCUGCAGCAGCUGGUUGGGGGUGAUGUGUGUGUGUGUGGGGGGGGUGAGGACAAAAGACACAGUGUGGAAAAGAGCCAGAGAUUAGUAAUGACUAAUGAUUAAAAGUAAAGUGGUGGAUAAACACAUAAUGAGUAUGAAGAGGUGAAUGAAUGAAAAUUGCUCAGUGCAUCAUGGGACAGCAGUCUCGGAGCAAAGUGCUCUAUACUGUACUAUGAGGUCUUUAAUAUGAGAUGGACCUUUAGAUUUGAUUCUGAAUUUAACAAGGAGCCAAUGGAGUUCAAUGUGUUGUGUGUUCAGAGAUGCUGUUCUUGUUAUUUUAGUUACUGUUGGCUUCAAUUUGAAGCGGUCCAUUCUCCUCUGACCUUUGACAUCAACAAGACAUUUUCAACCUGAGAACUGCUGCUGGUUGGAUAGUUUCUCCUUUUCUGGCCAUUCUCUGUAAACUAUCAAGAUGGUUGUGUGGGAAGAUCCCAGUAGAUCGGCAGUUUCUGAAAUGCUCUCUGGCACAAACAACCAGGCCACAUUCAAAGUCCCUGAAAACACCUUUAUUCCCCAUUCUGAUGCUCAAUUUGAACUUAGAUCACUUUGAUCAUGUCCAGAUGCCUAAAUGCUUCGUGUGAUUGGCCGAUUAGACAUUUGUGCUAACAAGCAGUUAAACUGGUGUACCUAAUAACAUGAAUGUGGAUGUAUUUCGGUUUUCCUGUCCAUUUGCUGCAGUUGGUAUUGUGUUUUUAUUUUUGUAUU